AUGUCUCCCGGCUGCCUCUUCUAUCCGGGCUGUGCGGCACCGAGCGUUGAGGCCUCGCGUGGUGGCCCGGUUUUGCUAGCACCUAAGGCACCUGCAACCAGCAGCCAUGCCCCUGCAGGUGCCAGACCAGCAUGGAUGAGGAAAGAUCAGCCUCACAUUCAAAAGCAAUUUGUCUUUGAAAAGCCAUCAGAGGUGGAGCGCAAAGUUCCUGAGGCAGGUGUGAUAGACAAGCCUGGUGUGUAUGAGCUCAGCAAAGUACCAACUGGCAUUUCUAGGAUUCAUUUGAUUCCUGGCUUUAUUGACUCAGAACAAGCAGACUGGAUGUUUGAACAACUCCUCCAAGACAUACCCUGGGGUCAGAGGACUCACAUUAGACAGGAAGUAUCUUUUGAGGAACCAAGGCUUACCUCCUGGUAUGGGGAACUUCCUUACACAUACUCCAGGAUAACAAUGCAGCCAAACCCAAAUUGGCAUCCUCUGCUGACCAUGCUAAAGGAGCGCAUUGAAGAGUUCACUGGCUAUACCUUCAACUCUCUUCUCUGCAACCUCUACCGAAAUGAGAAGGAUAGCGUAGACUGGCACAGUGACGAUGAACCAUCACUGGGAAAAAAUCCCGUCAUUGCCUCGCUCAGCUUUGGUGCUACCCGGACCUUUGAGAUGAGGAAGAAACCCUCCCCUGAAGAGAAUGGAGACUAUACUUACGUGGAAAGACUAAGAAUCCCACUUGAUCACGGGACUCUACUGAUGAUGGAAGGAGCUACCCAGGAGGAUUGGCAGCAUCGAGUGCCCAAGGAAUAUCAUUCUAGAGAUGCACGGAUAAACUUGACCUUUAGGAUCAUUUAUCCAGAACCUGAUGGAGUUUGGAAGUGAAAAGGUGCCUUGAGCGUUGUUGGAUAUAAACACGCAGCAGAUCCAGAACCUCAGAUUGCUACAGAUUUAAAGGAAGCCUUGCAGGAACAGUGUUCUGUGAAAUAUCUGAGGGGGAAAAGAAUCAGUAUUAUAAAGAUCUUUGACAAUCAGAAGCUGCCUGUGUUGUGUGGACAGUGCUGGUUUGUUU